UUCCAUUCAUCUCAUCGCGCAACUGUGUUGUCGAUUCUGGAUUGUGAGAGAGCAGAGGCUAUCGUAGAAAUAUCGAACGAUGGUGUCCUGAGCAUAUGCACAGCUUCUAGCAUCCAAAAGCUCGACACCCGCAGUUUCUUGAUGUCGAUCCAUGUUGUAACCGUGUCCCACGCGCUCGUGGAUCGUUUACCGUAUCGAUGAUCGAGCCUUCAGACUCCCUUUGCAUCGGCAGCCUAAUGGAAUGUGCCCAUGCCAAACUUCACAUCCACUUCUCUAUCCCACCCACCACGUUACCAGUCUGGUCGAUCUGUUCCAAAUCCGGUCUCUCGUAAGCUGGGGGCGGUAAGUGAGAACUCAGAUGUACUCUCGCUUCACCAUGACCGGCUCGAGCUGGACCAACGAAGGCACGAUGUCGUAGUGCUAAUCGAGCAUCUUGCCAUGAGCAUCACCCCAUUUUGUGAGUUCUGGGUUGGCGAUGAAUGCCACAACUCCAUUAUUGAUGUCUUCCCCGUCGAGGUCCGGCAUGGACUACAUACUGCCUUCUUUGAAGGUUGCUCCAAUGGCGGGGUACGUAAGCUGCUCUGCAGCGACAUCUCCAAGGCCAGCGCGAACGCCCGGUCGACAAUAGCUGGAAUCUGGGAAGCAUCCACGGCCGAAGAGACAGAUGCCAUCUUCGUGCCAAUGGUGUUUGCGACCUCGUCUCGGGAUUCCAGAAUCCCUGUGGCUAAGCGGCGUGCCAGUUGCCUAUCACGCAGGUGUGCCUUGCGUUUUCCUUGGACCAUGGUUUCCCGGCCAAUCAGCCUGAUCAACUCACUUUUGACCGUGCAUCGGAAAGCUUCACUAGAAACUGAUGGGAUUGGUGAACCACCUUCGCGAUUGGGGUUGUAAAGGAGUGUCCAAGUGCCGGUAUACGGUGAAACGGUCUUGCCAUAGACAGAGAAGGGCGUUGCAAACACGAUAUCGAGAAGCACACUCCAAACCCACGCCUCGAUAUAGUAUUUCUGGUGUACACGGGAUCCCCAGUGGCGUGUCUCCGUGUUGAGACCAAUACUCCGGG